AGCUCUAGAACCCCCCCUGUAUUUUCUCAGGAAAAAAGUCCGGAAGAAUCGAUGGCCGCUUCUCUUUUAAACAAAGCAUUAAAACCCAUUAAACAUCCCAACUUCCUCUCGGCCCUCCGUUCUCUAAAUUUCAGUUCUCUCGCCACCGCCCAUGGCAACCCCUCCGACGGUCCAUCUUCUUCUUCCUUCACAUUCGACAACGCCAAUAACAACAAAGAGAAAGACGAUAAUACUAUAUACAUAAAGCCACCGACUUCAAAUGCGAGCACCGAAAAGACGACGUCGGUGACGAUGCCGAUGUCGUUCAUGACUGGAUCGAUAGUUGGGAAGAGAUUUUAUGAGAAAGUUACUACGAGAGAGUCUGAUGAUGGAGUUGGAUGGACUGUUAUGCUUGAUUAUAGGACUCUUAAAACCCCUUCUAAAAGGCCUCUCAAGUUGCCCACUUUGGCUCUUGCUAAGGCCAUUGCUGCUGAAUGGGAAUAUCAGCAAACAGAUGGAAUCAGACCCUUUACAAUGCCAUUGAUGAAACUUGCUUGCACGGCGCUGGAAAGAGUUCCUCUCACACGCACGAAGAUCAUUGAACAUCUGAUGAAGAAAUUUGAUCAAGACUUAGUGUUCUGUCGUGCACCAGAGGAUAACACUUUGACGGCUGGUGUUCAUGCAAGGCAAGUUGAGAAAGUUGAUCCUUUACUUUCUUGGUUAAAUUCUGAAUUUGGCUUUCAGCCUAUUGUGUACUCUAGCUUCUUUGGUGGGAAGCAAGGGGAAGGUCUCUCAAAGGCUGUUGAAAACCUUCUGAAGAAGACAGAUGACUGUGAAUUGGCAGCAAUUGAUGCCCUUGCAGCUGCGGCACAUUCAUUGGUUAUUGCUCUAGGAAUUUUUCGUGGUAAAUUGCAGAUUGAGGAAGCAAUCGAGUUGAUUAGACUUGAGGAAGAUUUGCAGGUGGAUAAAUGGGGUUUAGUAGAAGGUGGGCAUGACGUUGACAUUGCUGACCUCAAGGUACAAAUCUCAUCAGCAACCGUGUUCCUUGGUCUUUCUAGGAAGAACUUUUUUCAUUGAGGAAACCUCGAGGCUACGAAAGCUUCUUUUUUUUAACUAUAAAUUCGUAUCUCCUAAUGUGAUACCAAGUGUUGUAAGAUUGAUGAUUUUAUUGAAAUAAAUUAAUAAUUGAAUACGAAUGAAUUUAA